CAAAUCAACGGCUGACAAAGUAAAAAAUUGUAUGAGCAAUUACCAUCCUGAUAAUUUUGAAAUAAUCAUACAUUUGAUGAACAGUUCUUGAACUUAAACAGCACCGCAAAUGAAUAUUAAUACCAAGUUGGAGGAAUACAAAAUGAGACGGACAUGAAAUUAUAAAAAAUAACUCGCUAUGCUAUGUGACAGUGCUAACUACACUUUUACCAUUUAUAUGUGUGACACGACAAUGAGACAGAAAUACGACAUUUAAAGCAUAAGGAAUGCAUUAUUGUUGAAGUUCAUUGCAUCUAUGUUGUAGUUAUGAAGGGUACCCAGCUAAAUCUACCAGUGUUAGCAACGUGUCUGUUGUAUGUCGUAAAUGUUCAAAGCUUGCGUUGUUGGCAUUGUAUAGCGGAAGAUUGUGCUGAAGAUCCCUCUGACAAUUACAAAGCUUCUGAAAAAUUGUGUAAUCCUGGACAAUCUUGUCAGAAAGUGUAUUUUGAAAUGUUAGAAGAGUCAGAUGAAGGAAGACCCGUUGCUAUGCAUACUUCUACAGUUCGUGGCUGUUCAACAGACUGUAUGGACAAAAAUGACUUCACAAAUUGUACGCAUAAAUUAAAGACAUCACGUGGUUGUGUUCGGAAGGACUGUUGCAAUGAUGGGGAUUUGUGUAACAGUACAUAUCAAAUUUCAUAUAAUUUUUAUUCUGUGAUAUUUUUAAUGUGCCUACAUAUUUAAUUGAAUACUUUCUGACACAGGAAAAGUGACUUCAUCUAAUCUGACUCCUAAUGUUAGAUAUUCUGUAGCAAAAGCAAGUGUUUGUUUAGCUUUUACAUAAACAAGAAGUACAUGAAUAUGAAGCUUAGAUAGUAUAAAAUUGUAUUAAAUUUACAUUUCAAUUGAUUGUUACAUGAAUAGAAACAAAUCAAUUAUCUCAUUCAGUCUGAUUAUUUUUGUUUUGGUUGGAAAUUAAUCAAGCGUGAUAUCUAACAUGUCAGUUUCUCCGCUUUAUUGGCGUUAUUGCACUACUGCUGCAUAACAUAUAUCAAACAUCGUUAAAUUGACAAAUAGUGUUGAAAAGGUCUUAUAAUUAACAUUUUUUUCCAUUUCUUAAAUAUAUUGCAUAUUCAGUUCAAGUUGUUUUUUAGCAUUUAGCUCUGAUCACAAUGUGAAUUUUAUACAUCACCUUAGGCUUCAUCUCUGCAUUUAUUUCUAUUAAACGUGAAGCAAACUAAAGUUCGUUUUAUAAAUACGUAGGUUUAAACUACCUUCAUAAUAGAUAGCUAGUUGUACCG